AAGUGGUCCAUAAAUAAAUAAAGAAAUAAAUAAUAUGAAAACAAAAUCAAAAUCAAAAUUAAAUUAAAUUAAUAAAUAAUAAUAAAUGUGAGUAUGGGUCGGUUUCUCUCAAACUAUUCAAUUCUCCAUAUACUCUUCUUCUUCAAAGUUUCAUAUUAGAUAAAAUUCCAUACCAAGAUUGUGUUGUAGUGUCAGAUUCAAGUAAUCUUUUUUAUGCAGUCAACUCCAUUAAAAUCGUGAAAAGAGUCGAACUUUACUCGAAAUUACAUGUUUUUUCACUUAUUAUCUCAAGACUCUCCUUUUUUCAAUUUUGAGGAACUUAUGUUAUCAGAGAUCUGGUGUAUUGCCCUUUGCUGGGUUUCUUUCAAGAAAUAGUUUUUGAGUGUAUGGAGUGUAAUUCAUUGGUAGGAAUCCGAUCUCAACUUGAAAUGGGUUCAUUGGAAAACGGAUCAGCAAAUGAUUUUGAAGAUGAGACUAUUUUCAGUCAAGAAAAUGUAUCUCAGAAGCCUCAUUCAUCUCUAGCAGCAGAACAAAUGUUGCGUCUUGGAUGUUCUCAAGCUCAUUUUGUUAAGAAAAUCUUCGGGAAUGCUGUAUAUAGGAGCGUAAAGAUUGUAAUUUUUUCAAAUAAGUUGAAUUUGCUAAUGCUUUUUGGGCCUUUAGCGAUUCUCGUCAAUAAGUUUACCGACCAUGGAGGUUGGGUUUUUUUCCUAAGCUUGUUGGGUAUUACACCUUUGGCCGAGCGUUUAGGGUAUGCUACAGAGCAGUUGGCAUUUUACACCGGAGCUACUGUUGGGGGUCUUUUAAAUGCUACUUUCGGAAAUGCAACAGAACUAAUUAUAUCGAUCUAUGCUCUGAAAAAUGGAAUGACUCGUGUUGUUCAGCAGUCAUUGUUAGGCUCAAUCCUAUCAAACAUGUUGCUGGUGCUCGGUUGUGCAUUCUUUUGCGGUGGCCUUGCUUUUCAUGGGAAGGAGCAAUUGUUUAACAAGGCAACUGCUGUGGUGAACUCGGGAUUGCUUUUGAUGGCAGUCAUGGGCCUUCUUUUUCCGGCUGUUUUGCACUACACACAUUCUGAGGUUCAUUUCGGGAAGUCAGAGAUGGCACUUUCAAGAUUUAGCAGUGUCAUCAUGCUUCUGGCAUAUGCUGCAUACCUUUUUUUCCAAUUAAAGAGUCAAAGGAAUCAAUAUGUACCUAUCGAGGAGGAAGGGAAUCAGACUGGAGAGAGCCCAGAUGAUGAUGAGACUCCUGAGAUAUCUAAAUGGGAAUCAAUAAUUUGGCUUUCCAUUAUGACUGCUUGGAUCUCAAUCUUAUCUGAAUAUUUAGUCAAUGCUAUAGAGGGGGCGUCCGUCGCUUUGAAAAUUCCUAUUGCAUUUAUCAGUGUCAUUUUGCUACCGAUUGUGGGCAAUGCUGCCGAGCAUGCUAGUGCUAUAAUGUUUGCCAUGAAGGACAAGCUUGACAUAUCUUUGGCAGUUGCAAUAGGCUCUUCAACUCAGAUAGCCAUGUUUGGGAUUCCAUUUUCUGUAAUUGUUGGAUGGAUUAUGGGGCGUCCGAUGGACUUAAACUUUCAACUUUUCGAGACUGCAACAUUAUUUAUAACCGUUUUAGUUGUCGCCUUCUUGCUGCAGGAAGGGACCUCUAACUACCUUAAAGGAUUAAUGCUAAUCCUUUGUUAUCUAAUUGUUGCUGCAAGUUUUUUUGUACAUGUAGAUCCUACUUCAGACGAUGAUUCACAAUUGAAAACGUAGUCGAUAGGCCUGUGCUGAUCGAGGUGAAAGUUAUUAUAGAUGACAAUAUAAAAAGAAGAACAAAAACCGAAGGGCGGUAUUGACACACAAUUCGGGAUCAUCUUUUCUUUCUAUUGUGUAUAUAUUUUCUCCAUUGUUUUUUUCUUCUGCUUUGUGCCUUGUUCAGGUAUGUUGCAGAGCUCUUUGUUUUUUCUUUGCUUUGAUUGGAUGUUAAAAUUUCCACUUUUGACUCAGAAGAAGCUGAGUUAUGUAUAUUUUUACAGGAGAAUGCAAAUCUUGUCAUUUUCAUAAUAAUGCAAUUUUAGUUAAAAA